AUGACCACGAAAGUAGAACCGCCGACCUUUCGUGUGUGUGACCAACAAGGCUGGCUAGUGGACCACUCACUGAGAGACCACGAGCUUAUAUGUGACCGACUGCGCACGUGUGCAAUGGCUCGGCACCUAAUGAAGCAAAUUACGCGACUCAAAGAGCAGUCGAGAGAGAUGAAAAAGGUGUGUUCGAAACGCAGAACAGCCACUAGCCGUGCAUUGCAGGUCGGGAUCCCGGCUACGGAUCGGGGACCGCAUCGCCGCGCUGGCGACGGUCCGCGGAAGCACGCGACGGACGGAGGGCGGGGUUGCGACACCGGCGGGCGGGGCAGCGGCGCCUGGCGACGGGCCGCAGCUGGUCCGGGCGCCGCAGGCAGCCGAGUUCCGCGCGACUGCCGCGCGAUCCGCGAACCACAUCCUGGCGAUCGCUGUCGUUCGCGAGUCCGUCAACAUGGUGGUGCUGCCCCUUCACUGACGUUGCCACCCCAACACACCCCUUCUGCUAUCCCCUACCAUAUCAAAUUUCAUGCGACUUUUGCUUGCUUCCCAUCAAAUGCAUCGAAUCGCUUCGCUCACACACUCGCUGUUAUACUUUUUGUCGUUACUUUCGAAAGAUUAGCGUUGCUGGAUGUCACCUUAUCCUUAUCGCCGACGGCACAAAGCAGCUCGAGCUACUCUGACGCACAGAAUGCCUCUGGGACGUGCCGCUAUGGAAAUUUCGCCACAAACCUUGCUAAAUAUCUACUUGACAUCAUUCCCUUCACCUGUUUAUUCUUUUGUACCAGUGUGUACCGCAGUGCAGUUUUACGCUUACGUGGCCCGGCGUGUGUAGACCUUGCUAGGGUGGAACUGAGAUGUGACGUUGGUGAACUCCUACUAGAAGCAUUCAAAUUGGGAAAUCAAACCAAAAUUCGCCUUCUCAAUGAUCUCGGCGUGAGGCGCGCUGGACACAGGCGAGUGUUGGACCCCGCCGAUUCAAUUUGUCUCGCACCCGUCGCACCCUUCGGCAGCUACUUUCCUUAUGAUGGAUGUCCGAGCACUCGCCCCGACUUAACUUGGCCAUUAGGGCGCCAUGAUUCCGUUUAUGCACGCGACCAGAAUAAUGCUGACGGUUUGGUGGCGUUGUCCGGUGAAUGGACGCAAGUCGAGGUGAUCCGCCUGCGCACCGAGGGGGGAGGCCUCGGCUUCGGUAUCGUGGGUGGCGCCAGCACCGGCGUCGUCGUCAAGACGAUCAUACCAGGAAGUCCGGCCGACAAAGACCGCCGUCUUCGACCAGGAGACCAUGUCCUACAAGUCGGAAACAUCAGCACUCAUGGAAUGAGUAGUCAGCAGGUGGCGUCGAUUCUCCGACAGCAGGAAUCGGUGGUGGAAAUAAUCGUCGGCAGACCGAUCAACUUCGCCGAUCGACCACCGGACACCAACGGUUAG